CCAAAGUUUCUCAAGAUCGCUCUAAAAGAAAGAGAAGUUGUUAUUAUAAAUAUUAAGAGAAAAUGGGAGCCAACCUUUCACAGUUGGAUAAUGUUGUAUAUCAUAGAUCAUCUUCACUGUCAUCUUCACACUCGCCAUCUCCUUCUCGUAUCAUCACCUUCCAUUCCUCUGGUAAAUGGAAGGCUCACUUUGAUGCCUCCAAGUCAACAAACAAGCUGAUGGUGAUCGACUUCACGGCCACGUGGUGCGGACCCUGCAAAACGAUGGAUCCGAUUAUCAAAGAGUUUGCUGCUAAAUAUGCUGACGUGGAGUUCAUCAAGAUUGAUGUGGAUGAGCUGAUGGAAGUGGCACAAGAGUUCAAAGUGCAAGCAAUGCCAACAUUCAUACUCAUCAAGAAAGGAAAAGUUGUGGACAGGACUGUGGGAGCCAGGAAGGAGGAGCUUCAGAAGCUCAUCGAAAACCACAGAAAAUGAAUAUAUAUUAUAUUAUAUUAUAUAUAUGUAUGUAUAUGUAUGUGGCGUAAUAAGUAAGUCAGCAUGACUAGCUAGCUAGAUCUGCUCUAUCUCUUUAUAUAUAUAUAUAUAUAUAUAUAUAACUAGGGUGUGACCUUUAUUAUUUAUAUUUCUGAGUAUGGAAGAAGAACCAUUAGCGUUAUGUAGACCAAACAUUGCAUGAAAGAGGACAAAAAAUUAAAUAAGUUGUGUCCUUACUUUGUUUGCCAUGAAGAUGGCGUGAUCUUGUUCAUCAUAUAUAAAUAUUAUUGAGGGUUUGCUUUGAGGAUUCAA